ACAAAGAAGUCUCUUGAACUCAAUCCAAAUAAUUCUACUGCUGUGCUGAGAAAAGAGAUACGUGAAUACCAUGAAAAAAACUAUGCUGGUGCUCUGGAAACUACAGAAGGACAAAAAUUAGAUAGUGUAGAUGCUGAUUUCAUUAUCUGGAUUAAAAGGUGUCAGGAAGCUCAGAAUGGAUCGGAAUCUGAUGAGUCUGCAUCCCAAUGGACUCAGCAGUCAAAAAUCAAGUAUGACUGGUAUCAAACGGAAUCUCAAGUAAUCAUUACACACAUGAUCAAGAAUGUUCAGAAGAAUGAUGUAAAUGUGGAAUUUUCAGAAUAAGAGUUGUCUGCUUUGGUGAAACUUCCCUCUGGAGAGGAUUACAACUUGAAACUGAGACUUCUUCAUCCUAUAAUACCAGAACAGAGCACAUUUAAAGUACUUUCAACAAAGAUUGAAAUUAAAAUGAAAAAGCCUGAGGCUGUGAGAUGGGAAAAGCUAGAGGGGCAAGGAGAUGUGCCUAAACCAAAACAGUUCAUAUCAGAUGUAAAGAACCUAUAUCCGUCGUCAUCUCAUUAUACAACAAAUUGGGAUAAAUUGGUUAGUGAGAUCAAGGAAGAAGAAAAGAAUGAGAAGUUGGAGGGAGAUACAGCUUUAAACAAACUAUUUCAGCAGAUUUAUUCAGAUGGUUCUGAUGAAGUGAAA